CUUUGGGCGCACAUAAAUAUAAACCUUUUAUUUCUAAUUUAUUGAGAUACGGAAAAGAAGAAGAAGAAAAAGAAAAAAAAAAAGAUAUAUGAACGUGGGAGGCUAAUUGAGAUGAGAAACUUGGAGGCUAAUUGAGAUGAGAAACUUGGAGGCUAAUUGAGAUGAGAAACUUGGAGGCUAAUUGAGAUGAGAAACUUGGAGGCUAAUUGAGAUGAGAAACUUGGAGGCUAAUUGAGAUGAGAAACUUGGAGGCUAAUUGAGAUGAGAAACUUGGAGGCUAAUUGAGAUGAGAAACUUGGAGGCUAAUUGAGAUGAGAAACUUGGAGGCUAAUUGAGAUGAGAAACUUGGAGGCUAAUUGAGAUGAGAAACUUGGAGGCUAAUUGAGAUGAGAAACUUGGAGGCUAAUUGAGAUGAGAAACUUGGAGGCUAAUUGAGAUGAGAAACUUGGAGGCUAAUUGAGAUGAGAAACUUGGAGGCUAAUUAGCAAAGUAGCAGUAGCAGCAGUAGUAGGAGUAGAGCCAAGAAGGGGAGAAAUGGAGAUUGCAAAAUCCAAACCCAAAAUCAAACCCUUUUCUCUUAUCCCACAAAAUUCGUAGCUGUAGUAGCAAAGCUCAUCAAUCGCAUGCCCUUUUUGUUCCUUUUCAUGAAGAUUCAGAUUCUGGGUUAGGCCAAGGGAGAGGUGAGAUUUGGAAUUGGAGGGCCAUGGAGGGCGGAGGAGAGGGAGGUCGGGAGGGUACCAGAAAAAGAGGGGUCCACAAUCAGAAGCUGUACAAAGGGAUAAGGAUGAGGAAGUGGGGGAAGUGGGUGGCUGAGAUUCGAGAACCCAAUAAGCGCUCCAGGAUUUGGCUCGGUUCUUACUCUUCUCCAGUGGCCGCUGCCAGGGCCUACGAUACCGCCGUGUAUUACCUCAGAGGCCCCUCCGCCAGGCUUAAUUUUCCCGAGUUGUUAGCCGGGGAAGGACGCGGAAUUAGCGGCGGUGGAUGUGGCAACAUGUCGGCGGCUACUAUACGGAAGAAAGCCACGGAGGUGGGCGCACGAGUGGAUGCUCUGGAGAGUUCCUUAGGUCAUCACCAACAUAAUCACAACAAUCGGAACCAUCAUUCCCACGCAUCGGCGUCUCCGCCAGAGACGAAAGUCUGCAGCGGGUUUUUGGAUCGGAUGGAUUUGAACAAAUUACCCGACCCGGAAGAAGAUGAUGAAGAAGGAGAUGGAGAGUUCGAGUGGGAGAGACAAUGAAGAUGAAGUGGGGAUACUUUUCUUACACUCAGAGACGCCAACACGCGCCACCGAGGUAUGUGACGCCCGAUCAUCAUGCCCUUGGUUGUCUCCUAAUUUGGUUGUCUCUGUUUCUGGUUAGGCCGCCUCCAUCUAGGGUUUUUAAUUUUUUUUUUUUUUUUUUUUUUUUUUUUUUUUUNUUUUUUUGUUU